GUAUAAAUAUAGUUCUUACAGCAUCAGAUCGAGAGGAGAUAGACCUUCCUACUUCCUCACCAACCUUGAACAGACCAAUUAUAGAAAGAAAUAUUUUUGGUGGAAUCAGUGAAAAUGGAAUAAUCGUUAGUAGAGGUGCUAUAAAUAAAAAUCAAAUUGGUACUUCUUGGGUGUGCAAUGUUCCUUAUUCCUCUGCUA